UCGCAAAGUGUGGCUUUGGGGCACAUUCCUCGGUCGGACACGGUGCAAGUUGUUUCGGGUUCUUUGGGUGGCUCGUUGGAAAGAUUCCAUAGAUUACCAACUCCUCAAGGAGCUAAGUUCUGAAUGUGCCUAAUAUAAACGGUGGAUAAUUUUGCGGUUCCUCCAAAAACAAAGAGUCGAAGAACGUGUUUGAUUUCGUAACAGUAAUUUGAUUAAACAGGGGUACAAAACAUGAGCAAUGCCAAAACGGCCCUAGGCAUACUAGGUGGGGAGGAUGAGCUGCUCCAAAGCUUUGUCCGUGUCGGUCUCAAGACGGACGGCGAAGACGAUCAGCAGCAAUCGAAUGUUACGUUUAGUGGAACUGGAGGGACCGGAAGUGGAGGUGGUGGUGGUGGUGGCGGUGGUGGUAGUGGAAGCGGUAGUGGUGGUGGUAGUGGCAAUGCGGGGGGUAGCGGCUCCCAGACAGCUACCAUCCAGCAUCAGCCCAGCCAGGGCAAGCUGGAUACGCAUCUGAUCCGGCAGUUUUCGGACCAUUGCUCGGAUAUGAGCGAUAAAAAUGCUCCCAGAAAGUAUCGCGAUUUGUUCAACGAACCAGUUGAUGUUAAAAAGCGCCGAUAUUUUGAUGAAGUCUAUACCGAUAAGGACCGAGCGGCUGCAGUUAGCAUAGGAAAUUUCGAUAUCAAGCAAAAUCUCAUCAACAAACGACGCCAGGAGCGAAACGAAGCCCUGCAGCUGCCGGAGGAAGCGGAUCCGGGAGCCAUUCUCGCUUUGGGCAUGAGAGAAAUUAAAAACGGCAACCUGGACAACGCCGUUUUAUUUAUAUCUAAGGCUUUAGAAAUGAACAACAAUGACCAGAACGCGUUGGUUGCUCGAAGCCGAUGUUUCCUGCAACUCGGCGAACCGGGCAAGGCGUUGCAGGACGCUGAGACGGCCCUUGUGCUGGAUAAGAACAACAUCCGGGCCAUCUAUCAGAAGGCGGAAGCUCUGUACUACCUGGGCCAGUUUGAGCAUAGUUUGAUGUUUUUUCACCGUGGUUUACGCUUGCGUCCGGAGUUGGCUAGCUUUCGAUUGGGCGUCCAGAAAACUCAAGAAGCAAUCGAAAACACCAUCGGGAACAACACUAAGAACCAGCCGCAAAAGAAACCGGUAAAGACCGAAAAGCCCAAGACCGCCAAACGGGGCCAGCUGUCGCGGGAGGAACUGGAAAAACGUGCCUCGCGCCGCUUGCUGGGCGAUUUGUUCAUCGACAAGGAGUACCUGGAGAAUCUGCUCAAACAUCCCGAUUUGCGCAAGGCGGACACGAACACGGAGGGCGUUUCGGAGUACGCAAAGGACGCGAUCAACUUCCUCAACAACCGGCAGGAGUUUUGGCGCCAGCAAAAGCCUUGCACCAGCUUAAACGCGAAGAAAAUAAGUGGUGGAAAUGGCAUGCUUCCGCGUUGGUUGUAAAACACUGCACCCGGAAGUUGGAGUAAUACGGAACUAGUUAAUUUGGUAGACAGCACGACCGGAAACGAUUUGAGGUAGAGUAAUAGAGUGUGAUACUAGCAGGCAACCCGUUUUCCGUAGACUAAGCUAAUAGAAUCAUGAAGUUUCCCUAAAGUUUAUCGAGCCACUCACUCCAACAGCUUGGAAUGGAUAACGUAAUAGUUUCACGUGCUAUCAAAUAGAAAGUUUGUUAAGUUAUUUUCGCUAGCAAUAAAAUCUUUUGCACCUUCGAUGUAAGCAGAACUGGUAAAAUAAAA